AUGAACAAAAAAGGGGCAACUUUCCAAAAAGUAAAACAAAUUGUCGAAGAACUACAUCAGGGAAGUUUUAUGGACGAAAUGACUUUUAAAUGGUUAUCACAGACACCUAACCCACUCAGAAUACCUGUCUUCUACAGUCUCACAAAGAUUCAUAAGCUAACUCCUGUUGGCCGACCUAUAGUGGCAGGAAACGACGGACCCACCGAACGAAUAUCAUCAUUCGUUGAUAGCCUACUUCAGCCAAUAGCUAAGUCACAAAAGUCCUAUCUUAAGGACACAACUAACUUUGUUAACUUCAUAGAAAGGAGAAACCUCCCAGAGGACGCUUUCCUAGUCUCCUUAGACGUUGCUAGCCUGUACACAAAUAUCCCACAGGAAGAGGGAAUAAACACAGUAUGCAAAGCAUACCAGACUUUCUACGGGGAAAACAUCCCUAUCCCCACCCAAUCCCUC